AUGGACCUCGGAGAUAGUAGCAACGAAGCUGCGCACCCGGAGCCCACUCUUACUCUCCAGCUGUAUCGCCGCUGCUUCAAAGGCCGCAAGCAGCUUUUCUCGGAAUCAGAUACCGCAGAUGCGAGAUACUUUGUUACGAACCCUGUCCCGCACAAGCAUGGCGACACGUGGAAACCGGUGUUUUACCGCGGCGACAACCCCAAGUAUACCCCGACGACAAAUGCCAUCGGACGGGCUCGUCGUUCAGCCAUGUGGGGGACGUUUCGAGUCUGGGUCGGAGACGGCGUGCAGGAGGUUCUAGACAAUGAACGGCUGCGAGACCAGAGACGGAAAGCUGAAAAGAAGAAUAAGUGGAGGAGGCGGUUUGGAAAAGAGGAGAAGCCAGUGGAGAUUGACGAGGAAAAGAUCGUACAAGGGAAGGUGGUGAUGAUACGAAUGCAGAGGAUGGGGUUCUUCUCGCGCAGUGUUGAGUGGGAGCUGGAUGGUGUGCGGUAUCGCUGGUUAGGGACAAGAAUGUUUGCGACUGGAUUUAUGCGAAGGGUUAAGGGGUGGUCGCAUAGCAUGAAGCUUGUUCGCCUAUCUGACCAUGCUCUGAUCGCGACCUUUGAGAAGCGCCCACUGGGAUCUCGCAAGACAGUGAGAACUGGCGGCCCUCCGAACAAGUCAAAGACGUUGCUAGGCCAGCUCAGACUCUAUUCCUUCCCUGACGAGCCACCGAAGCAUCCAACGGACGUUCACAAAAACCACUCCCCAAGCUUUAUGACGCGGGUCGAUGCCGCUAGCACCAAGCCAUCCGAUGUCAAGGACGAGCGAGAUCUGAACUCUCAUGGGCUACAUUUAGGCAACCUCACCGAGGAUGCAAUUGCCUUCACCUGCUGGAUUGUGGUGGAAGCGGAGCAUCGCCUUAGGUGUAAGAUACCGGACUUCUUGGAGGAGGCUGCGGAGAAUAUGGAAGGGGGUGACUAG